AUGUGGAGGUGUUUGUUGAACAACCUCCGGGUUUCAAAAAUCCUAAAUUUUCCAAAUCAUGUUUAUAAGCUUGAUAAAGCUCUCUAUGGGCUUAAACAAGCACCAAGAGCCUGGUAUGAAAGGCUUUUCAAAAUCUAUGUAGAUGAUAUUAUAUUUGGUGCUACUAACAAUGGUUUAUGCAAGUACUUUACUGAGCUGAUGGGUGGUGAAUUUGAGAUGAGCAUCAUGGGUGAAUUAAAUUUCUUCCUUGGACUUCAAAUAAAGCAAAUAGCUGAAGGAAUAAUGAUUCACCAACAAAAGUAUUUCAAGGAACUUCUUAAAAAGUACAACAGGGAGAACACCAAGACAAAUCACACACCUAUGGGAACAGCAACAAGACUUGAUGAAGAUCCACAAGGAAAAAGUGUGGAUCAAACCACUUACAGAGGUAUGAUUGGUUCAUUGCUAUAUCUAACAGCCAGUAGGCCUGACAUUGCUUUUAGUAUUGGAUUGUGUGCUAGAUUUCAGUCUAAUCCUAAAGAAUCACAUUUAACGGUUGUUAAGAGAAUUCUGAUAUACCUCAAAGGAACAGAUGACAUGUGUCUGUUCUAUCCUAGAAGUGAUGACUUUAUGCUUAGAAGAUUCACAGAUGCUGACUAUGCCGGUGACCUAGUCAAUAGGAAAAGCACCUCAAGUAUGGUUCAGUUCCUUGGCUAUUGUCUAGUUUCUUGGGGUACCAAGAAACAGAAUACUGUUGCAUUAUCUACUGCAGAGGCUGAGUAUGUAGCAGCAGCUGCUUGUUUCUCUCAAGUCCUCUAG